AUGUCCUUCGAAGCCGGCUCGCUCGAAGACGUCGAAGCUUGGGCGAAUCAUGAGUUUCCGGCGUAUUUUGCGGAAGUAAUUCGCACUGGAACGUCGACGCCUUUCAACAUGCUCGAUUUCGACGGAGAGUAUGUGGAUGCAAAGGUCGUCCUGCAGCCCAUGCUCGUUUCCGUACUGGAAGUCGGUACUACCACCAGCGACCAGACCGUAUACGCUCGCGUCUGCGGAAACAACGAUGUCGAGCUCUUCAGCGGCCACGAAAUUGAGUCCCUAACAGAUGCCAGGAAGCUCCUUCGAUACAUGAAGCCGAUUGUAGAUCUAGCCGAUAUCAAUCUGAACGCGCCUUUCAGUUACCCCGUCAAAAUCGGACAUCCAGCUGGCGUUGAUCGACUCGAAACUCUCAUCCGGUAUCUCUACCUCAAAAACGGUGAAGAUACCGCAGUGCAACCUAAGCUCGGGUUCUUCAAAAUGCACUUCCGAGCUGCUUGCCACGACGUGGCUCGUGGCACUGGCGCUGUAGUCGAGGCUGGUGAUAUGGACGACAGCGACACCCUGUUUGGCGACUCACCUCCCGAUCUCAUCGCAGACACCGACAUCGCCGGCCUUCGCGACAACCCGGCCGCAACUUCCAUCUUCAACCAACAUGUACAUGCCAUGGACGAGAGCUACCACGACUUUAAAACGAGUAUGUUGAGACAAUUUGGCGCGAUGCAGACUGUCGACAGGAACCACAUGGCGCAGCUUCAGGCUCAGGUCCAAGAUCUUGAGCACAGACUUGCUGUGGCAGAGGAAGGACAGAUGAAGUUGGGGAAAGAGCUGGAAGGGGAGAAGACAAAAGCAAAGACUGCAUCGGAUGAGGCUGCCCGAUGGAAGGCGCAAUAUGAGGGCUUGAGAGGGACACUACAAGCCAACAUGCCGAGAUCUCAACCACAACAACAUAUGAGCCUUGGGUCCGUCACCGCCUGGGCCAGCGCCCACUUCAGGGACGACUACCUCAAGAUCCCCAAGCGUAAAGACUACACCACGUAUCUAAUCUGUCUGCCAAAGCAACACUCGAACAAAUCGUCGCUGACAGCCAUCAUCGUGGGAACAGCCUUCGAAGAAAUCCGUCCAUACUUCGGAGCCACUGUCGACGUCCUGGCUUGGGUGAAGGACGACCGCGUCGAAGUCGGUUACAUCACACAGCUCGGCAACAAGACGAAUGUUGUGGUGUACGAAGAUAUCAUCAGCAGUCGCAUCAGCUUUCAAGAGCCGUUUUGCUGGAUCCUUGAUGCUGCUGAUGAGACAGCAAUUCGACGUUUCGAGGCGCUCGUUCACCAUGCAGCGAUGCUGAUGGGGUCUAAGAAGGCUAUCAAUAGCAACUACUAUGAUGAGUUCAGAGAUCACUUCCCGGGCGCGUGUCGCGAUAUUGCGGAGGUGGCGGAGAAGAGGAUUGAUAAGUGGAGGAGGAUCACUGCCCCGCUUGAGUCGAACGAGCAUGCUGCUUCAACUUCCCUUCUGAAUGGCGCAGCAAACGACACUACAAUGGGAGUGGGUGAACGACACCAACCCAGUCCUAGCUCGUCUCAGCCCGUCACGAUCGACCUUACCGACGCCUCCUCUACUACCAAUGUAGUUGCACCAAGUCUCGAGCAAAGCAAAAUCUCACCCUCUACUGCGGCGACUACACAAGGGAACGAGAUCAGCAAAGCCCGGGCUACACUUACAACCAAGAUGAACAUCACCAUGAGGCUACACGCACGUGAGAAGGAGCAGCUGCAAAAGAAGAUCCGAGACCUGAAGAAGGCAUUGGCCGAAUCCAUAGAACGUGUCGCCAACGCGGAGGAAGAAGCCAAGAAAGCACAAGACAAGACCAAGGAGGCGCAAGAGAAGGCCGAGCGAGCGCGACUGCGGAUGAGUAAGGCACAGGUGCAAGUCGAGAAAGCUGAAGCGGAGACGGCGCGGGUACGAGAAGAGGCGAAGAAAGAGAUUGAGAAGGCUCAAAGUGAAGCAGCGACACUGAGAACGCAACACUCUGCCACUGCAAAGGUACACGUACAGGAUGAGCUCAAGCUGCGUAUCGAGAUCCAGCACACAUCGACUACUAUCACGAGUGGGACCAUGAAGGCGACCCAAGAUACAGCGAAGACACACGAAGAGUUGAACAAAGAACAACAAGAGAUCGCUAGACUGAGGGGUCAUCAAACGAACGCCAAAUCCCAAGCCAACACGGCGGAGGCAUUCAACCUGGCUCAUGAGAUACGUCCACGUGAGAAACAACAAUUGCAAACGCUCAUAUGGGACAUGGAGAAGCAAUCAGCUAGGGAAACGUGUUUGAUUUCGAGGUUGAGAGAAGAUUUAACGAAGGCGCAGAAAGACAACAAGGCAGCCAGAGAGCAGGCAAGAGGAUGGGAAGCCAAGUUCACGUCCACUUUCGCUGCACGCGUAGAAGCGCAGAACCAAGCUGUAUUUUGGCAUGGCCAGUAUGAUACGAUGGUCGGUAAACUCGAAACUAUGCGUCAGGUUGCAGAAGCCUGGGAGGCGAGGUACCAUAUGGUGAAGGCUCUGAUGAAGGAAAUGCCUGCUCUUCAGCUCCAGGGUGGAGAACAACUCGGAGGCCAGAUGGAGGGGCUGAUCGGAGCCCAAGAUGAUACCCAGGAUGGCGGUCAAGGUGCAAACCAGGUUGAAUACCAGGCUACGCAAAUCGAGGAGCAUGGGGGUCAAGAGGGCUGGAUGGAGCAACUCAUGUCAGCAGCGCAAGUGGAUUGA